AACACCACCAACCACACCGACAUCACCAAGAGUUGAAAUACAAAGUCAAAAAAUUAUCCAUUCAGUGAAAUUAUUGGAGUUUACAAAAGUACAUAAAUACAAACCACCGAUCCUAAUCAACACUUUGAAACCUACGGACGCUUUGAAUUCUGAUUUUGGUCAUUCUCAAACAUUAGAAACAUCAGAAACAUCAGGAAUAUCUGAAAAGGAUAUGUUAGAUACAUUAAGGUUUCCAGAUGAAUCAACACAUAUCAACACAUCGUUAAAUACUUUAAUCAAUUUAUUAGGUAAAUCAGAUAAUCAUCCUAUUUUUAAAAUUGAUGUUGAAUGUAGUUCGGACGCACCGAUUGGUCACUUAAUUGAUGAUAUUGGACAUAAAUUAGGUAGUGUAGCAUUUUUAACAGAACUAGAAAGAGUCAGGCAAGGAGAUUUUGA